UAGUCGCGGAGAGGUUGCUUCCAAAGUCAGCGAGAAAACAUCACGUACAUUACCAUAGUUGGCGGCCGCUUUCGGUGUUGGGCUCACUAUGAAUUUGAAAGUUUUGUUCGCCGUCUUGGCGGUCGCUUUGGUAGCGAUCAUUGCUCUGAACUGGAUCCUGCUGGUGGGGAUUUCGAACACGAAAGUUUGUGUGAAACGCAGCCCCUACGAUGAACUCGGCAAUAUGAUGGAGCAGCGCCAGCAGAAAGAGAUCUUUGCCGAUCUCAGCCCCAGAGAGCUGAUGCAGGUCGUGCAAUACCUGAAGCAGCACCUGGGUGUGAUCCUGGUGAACUACACCCAGGCCCUGCCCUCCGAUAACUUCAUCUACUCGAUCGAAUUACAGCUUCCCCGCAAAGAGGUUGUCUUGAUGUUUUUAGACCGGGGAGGGGAUCCACCGAAGAGGGAAGCCAGAGCUGUGGUGUUUUUUGGGGCACAGAGUAAGCCCAAUGUAAAGGAAUACAUAGUGGGACCUCUCCCCAACCUAACCUACCAUGUGGAUGUCACUUCUCGCAAUUACAACAGCCUUCUCUUCAAUUCAAGGCCACUAACCUUUCCAGAAUAUAAACAGUUAAAAUUAGCGAUAAACCUGGAGAAAGUUUCAAAACUUUUCAUGGAAAGUUACGAUUUUGAUUGGGAGUCUGCGAGCCCUUUAGGUUCAUCCCCUCCCGGGGUUGCAUCUGGCGACAGAGAAACUUGGUUGUCGUACUUGAAAAAUACGAGUGGGGCCUUCCUGCACCCUAUGGGGUUUGAGCUGUUGGUGGAUCACAGCAGCAUCAAUAUCUCGGAGUGGAACGUGAAGAAAGUCUUUUACAACGGCCAGUACUUUGACAGCAUCGACGAGCUUGCGAAGCAGUACAACAAGGGAUCUGCGCAGAAGAUUAACAUCCAACGAAAAGCUUCGUAUCCAAACUAUGCCUCAUUGAAACCCCGUAAGAAAUUUCAAAGGUUCGGACCUCUUCAAUACGAGCCCCAGGGACAACGAUACUACGUUUUCAAUAAUCACGUUAGGUACUUUGAUUGGGAUUUUGCAUUCCGACACAGCUCCGCUCUAGGUUUACAACUGUUUGAUAUCCGAUUCAAGAAAGAACGACUGGUUUAUGAACUGAGUAUCCAGGAAAUGAGUUCCGCGUAUGGAGGGGAGACGCCAACUUUAAUGAUGACCAAGUUCUUGGACAGUAGUUAUGGAAUUGGGUCGUUUUCCAAUGAGCUGGUGAAGGGCGUGGAUUGUCCCUAUACCGCGACAUUUGUUGAUACGUUACACUUCAAGAACAGCGACAAACCGGUGUUGAUAAGUAACUCCAUCUGUAUUUUUGAACAAAAUCGGGGAAUUCCUCUCAGGCGCCACUUCGAGACUUGGUUGACUGCCCCCUUUUAUGGGGGGUUACUCGACAACGUGCUGAUUAUAAGAUCAAUAUCAAGCGUGGGAAACUAUGAUUACGUGUUUGACUUCGUGUUCCACAACAAUGGGGUGAUUGAAACUAAAGUGUAUCCGACAGGUUAUGCCCUAACGUCGUUUAUUUCGGGAGAAGCAACUAAAUACGGAACCAAACUUGAAGAGAACGUUUUGGGCAAUAUUCAUACCCACUUCCUACACUUCAAGGCUGACUUGGAUAUCGCGGGUACAUCUAACUCUUUUGAAACAAGCGAUGUAGAAUAUCAACUCAAACCAGUCCCAUGGAACACUGACAAGAAGGUAUAUGUACCCACUGUGAAAAAGAAGAUUUUAGAGACAGAGGAUGAAGCAGCCUUCAGAUCUGGAACAAAACUACCUCAAUACCUGAAUUUUGUAAAUUUGGCACAGAAAAAUAAGUGGGGCCAUUCUCGAGGUUACAGGGUUCAAGUGGUAAGCCUCAACCCUAAGAGUGUGCCAGAAGAAAGUCCAGAUGAAAAAGGCUUCUCUUGGCAAAGGUACCAGUUGGCUGUGACAAAGUACAAAGAUCAUGAGCAAAGGAGCAGCAGCAUCUACAAUCAGAAUAACAUGUGGAACCCUCCUGUUUAUUUUGAUGAGUUUAUUAAUGGUGAAAGCAUUCAGAAUGAGGAUCUUGUAGCUUGGAUAACAGCUGGAUUCCUUCACAUCCCCCAUGCAGAAGAUGUUCCCAAUACUGCCACAUCUGGCAAUGGAAUUGGCUUCUUUCUGAAACCUCUCAAUUAUUUUAACAAUGACCCUUCAGUUUACUCCUCAGAUGCAGCUUAUAUUGACCCUGCUGAAAAAACAGAUGAAUGCGAGGAUAAUCCAAUGGCAUGUUUGUCACCAGUUGCAACCUGUACACCAAACCUCCCAGAUUUUACCUAUGGGAAGACUUAAAUCAAUAUUAACUGUUUAUACUAUAGAUUAUAUAACUUCACUAUAGUGAGUAGCUACCUGAUACUGACCACCACUUUUAACUAAGCAUUGAAAAAUAAUUUUAGAUGCUCUGCGGACUCUAUGGAUUAAUUUCAUAUUUCAGUUGCCAUUUAGUUUUAAGGGAGUGAUUAAUCUGAACGUAACAUUAUCAAAUGACAAUGAAUAAAAGGGGAGAUUUUACAAACUCCUGCUCUCAAGGCUAGUGCACACCAAGCAGAGACUCCCAGGAGCUCCAUAAGAUUUCCAUCUAUUGAAUUUUAUUUGCCAGGAAGUUCUCUUGGGCUGCAUUACAAGUGUAUUUUUAAAAACUCUACCCAUGGGUGUACUUUGGUUGAAAACACUUCAUGUUCUUUACUUCACCAGCUCACUGAGAUGUGUUCCAGUCUGACAUAACUAUUUUUUUAAAUGAGGAGUUUUCUAAAAAUGUUUAUUUUCAUUAUAAGCAUUACAAACAGGGGUUAUUGAGGAAUGCUUCACAGAACUGUUUAUCAUUAGGUCUAAUAGUUUCUAACAGCAAAUUCUGAAUCUUUCUAAAAUCUUUUCUAAUGUUUUGAAGAUUCAAUUCCAUGAUUUUUUUCAGUGGAGCCUCCUGUAACUAAUAAAGUGGUCACUGAGUGUAUGUUCAUGAUCUUCUGCUGCUGUAGCCCAUCCACCUCAAGGUUUGACAUGCUGUGCAUGCAGAGAUACUCUUCUGCACACCACUGUUGUAAAGUGUGUUUAUUUGAGUUACUGUCACCUUUCUAUCAGCUUGAGCCAAUCUGGCCAUUCUCCUCUGAACUCUCUCAUUAGCUGCCAUUCACUGGAUGUUUUUUUUUUGUUUUUCACACCAUUUUCUGUACUGGAAAUCAGAAGUUUCUGAGAUACUCAAACCACCCCGUUUGGCACCAAUAAUCAUUCCACGGUCAAAGUCACUUAAAUUACAUUUCUUCUCCAUUCUGAUGUUUGGUCUGAACAACAACUGAACCUCUUGACCAUGUCUGCAUGCUUUUAUGCAUUGAGUUGCUGCCAGGUGAUUGGCUGAUUAGGUAUUGGCAUUAACGAGCAGGUGUACAGGUUUACCUCAUAAAGUGGACAGUGAGUGUAGUUGGAGGAGGGGAGAAUAGAACUAUUACCAGUCUCACACUGCCAAUUUACCCCUCUUAUGCCCCUUUCCCUACCAUAUCUCUGCUACACUUUGACUUCAUUUUCUGUGCUGCUGUGGAGAGAUCUUUUUAGUAUCACUGGCCCACUUCCCUUGUGCCAUUUGCAGACUGUGCGUUCUAACAGAAUCCUGCCGUCUGCAAAACAUGUGGGUUGGGUUUAAUGGUCUUCAAAGGGAAGAAACCAGAUUAACAAUUUCUUAAAGAAAUGUAGUCUAUAUUUUACAAUUUUUUGUGACUUCUGAUAUGGCAUACCUAAAUGGGACAUCUACUUGGCUCACCAAAAAUGUCCGAAUUCCAAAUUCUGGGCAAUCAUUCCCACUCUGGGUUUAACGUUUCACAGACUGUUUUUAUAGCUUCAGUUCAAAAUAUAUUUUUAUGCUUUACACAGCAUACAUGCCAACAUGAAAAACACCUCAGAAAGUAUAGCUAUUUGUCAAUAUAAUCAGGGUGGAAAAUAAAUGUAAUCCUCAGGAUAUACUGUAUGUGUUUUGCAAAUAUUGGAUAAGUAUGGUAUAUGCCAAUGUGUUGUUAACUCCACUUCAAAUAAAGCAGCUAUGGUCCUCAGCAUCUGAGUUCAUGUGAUACCAGAGGUUGGGAUACUCCCAAAUGUGGUGGUGAUCCCUCGUGCAAACUGAUAUGUUUUUGUUAUCUGUAACGUUAUAGCAACAGAGAAGUUAACCACAGCAAUAUUAACUGUGUAUUAAAAGUUCCUGAUAAUUUGCAAAAACAAGGGUUACUUUUGGAAGUGUGCUUACACCAGCUGGCACUAUAAAAAUAAAAAUUAUUUACUAGAGCAAAGAUAAUCUCCACAAAAAUUGAUUUGAUUUCCAUUGCUGAGAUAAUAUAAAACACUCAGUGUCUACCUGCAGUGAAUCAUGGUCCUUUCCACAGAACAAAUUACAGAGAUUUCCUUUGAUAUACUAAUAGAUUUUUGAAACAUAAAACACAGCUUAAGGGAACAAUGAUCCUAACUUUGUCCAAACUUGAAUGUUGAUUUUUUGAUAGCCUGUUGAUUACCCUGAACAAUAUAGACAGUAAAACAGAAACAGAAGUAGAUUGUCUCUUUUGUUCCAUGUGCAAAAAAAAAGAAGCCCUGCUUCUUUUCUGCACAUGAAAACGGCUUCUUAACUAUCUAAGAUGGUAUAAAAUGGAGAGUCUGAGGAACAGCAUGUUGUUUCUUCCUGGGGAUAUCAUAUUCAAGGCAUCCUGACCAUGAGUCAUAUAUUGCCUGGUUAGGCAGUGUUCCUGAAGUCCGACAUAGCUGUUGUCAUGGUCACCAUCACUGGUCAUAAAUGAUGAUAUCUUGCAAUAUGAUGUGUCAUAUUUUCCACUCAAAUGGUUUCUAAUCUAAUGUACAAUGUACAGAAAAAGUCUUCUCAGAAGAAUAUUGAAUCUAUUAUGAGCUAUCUAAUAAAAAUAAAAUGGGGUCUUGGGAACUAUUAUUAAUAUUAAAAUCUGCACCACAGUGUUGAUUAAUAUCACCAUAGCAAUAGCCCAGUGCAGCAAGAUCACAGGAUCACCACACAUGGCCUCAUCAUUAUACAAGGAACCAAAGUGAAAAUAGUGAAAACAAUUCAUAAACUCACCUUUUUAAAAACAGUUUUCUAUUCUUCAGCUACUAUGAGGUGAACACAUUAUAUCUACCUUCAGAUCUGCACAAUUACUAAUGCUUUGGAGCUUAGAUAUAAUAUAUCAAAAGCCACAGCAUUAAGGGACACAAACGCAUAAAUUUUUAACUAGCAAUCCAGAGACUGGGUCCACUAACGAGUUGAAAACCAUUAUGGCAGCUGGGAACUGAACUAAUUAAGUAAAAAUGAGAA